ACCACAGUAAAUCAGCAGACUUAAUUCAAAAUAAAUGUCUUUGAAAUUUGUCAUAAAAAAAAACAUGCUUUUUGUAACUUAAUUAGCUAGAGGUGUUUUUUUUAAACUAAACCCUAACUUUUUGUCGAUCGUGACAUUGUGGGUCAAAAGGUUAUUCAACUAUUUUUGUGAUUUGUCUCUCUGAGGAUUAGAGGAGUUGAACAUGAGCACGAAGAACGUGGCUCGUUUCUGGGAAUGGGGACGGAAGAUCAUCUGUGUUGGACGCAAUUACGCAGAACACGCCAAAGAGCUGAAGAACGAACUGCCUACGGAACCUGUGCUGUUCCUGAAGCCGCCCACGGCCUAUGUGAAGGAAGGCUCUCCGAUCCUGGUGCCUCGUUACUCGAAUAAACUGCACCAUGAAGUGGAGCUGGGUGUGGUGGUGGGUAAAGCGGGCACAGAGAUCCCUCACAGCUCCGCCAUGGAGCAUGUCGCCGGAUACGCGCUGUGCCUGGACAUGACCGCGCGGGACGUUCAGGAGCAGUGCAAAGUCAAAGGGCUGCCCUGGACUCUCGCCAAAGCGUUCGACACGUCCUGCCCGAUCAGCGACUUUAUCCCCAAAGAGCGGAUCCCGGAUCCGUCAGCUGUCGAGCUGUGGCUCAAAGUGAACAGCGUCACUCGGCAGACUGGCAGCACGGCGCAGAUGAUCUUCUCCGUGCCCUACCUGAUCAGCUACAUCAGCGGGAUCAUGGCGUUAGAGGAAGGGGAUCUCAUCCUGACCGGGACGCCCAAAGGAGUCGGGCCUGUGCGCGAGCACGACGAGCUUCAGGCCGGUAUCGAGGGUAUCAUCAGCAUGACGUUUAAAGUCAGCAGACGGGCUUCAGUACACAACUGACAUGAUCGUUGUGCAAAUUUACGUAACCGUACACGAAAUGAUUGCUCGCACCUGAUCACCACAACCACGUGACAACCUAACGUAUGCACCCGCCGCCAUGUUGGAUGAUCUACAAAUCCAGAAUGCAAGGACAUGUACAGAACUAUUAUAUUUUAUUAACCAGUCCCCCAGGAUUCCGCGGGCCUUUUUUGUUAUUAUUGCGGGUUAAAAUGUCUGAUGUUGCGGGGGGGGGGGGGGUUUCCAAAAAAUUGCGAUGAAAGUUGCGGUGUUUUUUAGGUUUUUGUUGCGAUUACAUUGCGGCAGGAAGUGAAAGUUGCGAGAAAUUGUUGCGAUUUUCUCUUUUUGUGAUUAAAAUUGAGUGAUAUGGUAAA